GUUCUCCAGACUGACUGAACGAACGCAGAGACAGAGGCAACUUGGCUUGCUUCAAGUAAAGCACGGACUUUUCUACCAAAGACCAGACUGUCGUCCUGAUCUAAAAAGACCGCGGAAGCGUAGCGGUUAAACGGAACACAUACUCCGGAACCUGCUGGAGUUCAGCGUUUCCUGCUCCGCAAGCAAGCGACCUGUAGAAGUUUCAAGUCGUCAAGAGCGUCGGCGAUCGAGCAGCAAGCAGCGGCGAACGCCAUGUCGUCCUUCAAGGUGCGGCCGGCGCGACGGGAAGACGCCGAGGUCGUCCUGGCCAUGAUGCGCGAGCUGAACGACUUCCAGGAACUGCCGCCGCCGCUGAUCACCCUGGACGGACUCCGGCGGGAUGUGUUCGACAACGAGCGCCCUUACGUCAGCGUCAACCUGGCCGUCUCGCCUUCUCCGGACGGCGGUGAAGUGGUCGUGGGUCAGGUCAUCUUCUUUGUCAUAUUCGACGCCGUGUUGCUGAAGAAGCUGGUCUACAUCGAGGACAUCUACGUGCGUCCCGAGUACCGCUGCCGGGGCGUCGGUCUCGCCCUCUGGAAGUCGGCGGCCGACCAGGGAGUGCUUCGGGACUGCGACGGCUUGCGCCUUGAGGUGCUCGGCACCAACAAGGAGGCCGUGGACUUCUACGCGAAGCGAGGCGCCAGGGAUCUCGGUCCCCUGUACGGUUUCCAGCACUUCAAGCUCGUCUGGGACGCCCCCUCCGAUGGAAUGAAGGCGUGAUGGUGUUGUUUCACGUUUCAGACGGCACGCGGCGGAUCAUUUAAGGCCGCGCUGCCUGGCGGAACGGUUUCCUUUAAACAACGCACAAAACCUUUCAAGUCCAAGAAUAGCUGUGCAAUAACGCGUCCUU